AAACCACUUCCUACACACGAUGGCAGACUCCAUCACGCUGAGCAUUAAGUUUGAUUUCCUGGAUAAAAGCUACUAAUACCUGAAGAGAGAGCAGCUUUUAUUCUGUCUUGCAGAGCCAGCCAGUGAAACAAUGAUUUGCUGACCGAAGAGCAAAGACCUCACCGCGCACGCAGGGCGAUGCUCCCCACCAGCCUAGCCAGGCAGUAGGUGACUCCUUGGCUUGAUUGGCACCAGCUCAUCAGUUCUGAGAAGCUUCACCAUCCUGUGUUACGGAGAAAAGAUGUGAACAAGUCCCAUGGAGCUCAAGUACCUUUUGAUGUGGCUCUUUUUAGGAUCCGCCAAGGGGAACAAACCAGAAAAGUGCCCAGCUCUUCCAAGGACCGAAUUUGCUGAUGUCACUGCCGACAUGUAUCCAGUGGGGACCAAACUGUAUUAUGAAUGUGACAGCGGCUAUGCAAGAAGAAGUGGCCAGUACAUGGGAAUUCGGUGUCAGAGUAUAGGUCAGGUUGCUUCUUGGGUCUACAAGGAAUUUGAAUGUAUUGACGAGAAAAUUUUGUUGUCAACGGCUCCCAUGAUGGAGUUAGAUUUUACACAGAAGCCAGAAAGCAAAACACAGACCCCUGCACCCCAGAAGCAAGAAAACUUUUCUAAGUUUGACCAGAAAGAUUUUUGUGGUCCUCCCAAGACUGUUCCACAUGCCUCUAUAAGCCUGAACAAACAGUAUUAUGUGGGACAAGUAUUAAAUAUCAAAUGCCAGAGCGGUUAUGAUAAGCGACCCCCCACCUCUGGCACCUGCACGUGCAAGAAGGUGAAUGGCAAAAUCAGCUGGACCUGCCUUGACAUACGAUGCACCAACGACAGCAGUGAGUGGCUGCCACAGACUGUUGAGCCAGAUCUGUCUGUUUCCCUGUGGUUCCUGGUUCAGAGUGUUUCGGGUUCGGCUCAUCCAUCCUUUUCCUCAUCUUUGAUACUGCCAGUGACAGCUAUCUUUUUUGCUCUGCUUAUCAUUCCUGCUGUCUUUGUGUGACUCACCAAGCAAAGAAUAUGAUUCACAUUUACCUGAAGACAGGAAAUUCCCAAUUGCACCCUCCUCUGAGACUCAGGAAGGACCCUCGUGGCUUUGAGCCUCAUUUCCUAGUAGCAAGCCUGUCCCUGCAGGGUGAGAUUAAAAGACUUGCACUCCCCCUGGACAGCCAGCUAGGAGACCAGCUUAGUGCCAUGAACAGCACGUGUUUCAAGCAGAACCACAGACAGUAUACUUGCUGCCUGCAUGAAAGAGACAGACAAAACCAAUAGCUUCAGAGUGUCCAGCCCAGCAAACGGGGAUGGCUUCUCCUUUGUCCAGGAGAUGGCAAAGCCCCAGUAAGGUGCCCUCAGGCUGCCUUCCUCACAUGGCAGCCAGAGACACUCCUGGAGAGCUUUACAAAUAAGCGUAUUGUAUUUACUUUUGUGAAAUGUUAUAGCCGUUCAAAAUCUGGAUGCAUCAAAGGAGUUUUUCCCAGCUGCUUUCUCAAGCAGAGGCCAGAUGGUGCCACUCUCUUGAUUUUCUCAUAUCCUUUAUGUUUUGGGACAGGAUGUGACAAUACGUUGUUCAGUUCAAGGAGUCUGAACUGUUGGUGGUUUUGGAAAAGGACUAAGCAAACUGCAUGUGAAGUGAGCUUUGACAGCGGUAGGGCCCUCUGCGAGCUGCAUGCCCAUUCACCCCACCCCAGCAGGCGAUGCAAUGAGCAACAGGGCUAAUGGGGUUUAGCUCCCAGCAUCCCUUCCUCCCAGCUCCUGGGCCAAAUAAUCUUUCCUUUGUGUCUGAAGUCCCAGCAACCCACAAGUGCCCAGAGUUCUCCCCAAAGACAGACAGACACAGAGCAAACUGUGAAAUUACCUUCCCAUCUCAGUGCAGCUGCAUCUUCCCAGCAGACAGAGGAGCUUCCACCCCACUGGGGGCACACCUAUGAUGCGCGGACCGGCUUUGGGCUCACCGAAGGGCUGUAUCCCUAUUCCCCAUUCAUAGCCAGGGACAGCAGAAACCAGAGAAAGUCACAGAUGUAAGCUUCCCACGAGGAUGCUUCUGGAGGUGCGGACGGUGGCGCUGGGGCAGCCCUUUACUCAGCUCCAAGCUGGGGUGCUGUGCAAAGCACCCCUGGUGUCUGCUGGAAGCAAGCCGAUUCAUUUAUGGUUUUGGCUUCCCAUGUAUUUCACAUGCUUGCUGUGGAGGGGAGGGCGUUUCUGGGUAUUGCCAGGGAAAAAGGUCCUGGGGAGACCCCGGGGAGCUAACAGAGGGGUGACUCACAGGGGUGGCCAGGGAACGGGGUAUUCCAGCAGAGCCUGGAAAGCAGGGGUGGUGGGGCAUGGGACAGGUAGUUGUGAGGAUGAGUGUGGUUUCAGGCCCCAGUGGGUGUGAGGAGCUGGGUGAGCAAGUCAGAGGAAGCCCCAUGAGAAACACCAGAGGUAUCUGCAGAGGUCCCUCAACCUGAAAUAGCACUGAUGGUUUCACCCCAUCAAUGAUCUGUGUCAGCAUUUGACCUGAGGAGCAGAACUCUGUCAGGGCAGGGGAUCUGGGACCAUAGGGGCUAUCCAGCAGUAGGGGUGUGAGUAAUGUUCCCAUCUGGUUCUCCUAAAAAUCAAAAUAUUCCACGACCUCACUGAGCAACACAGCUGCCACAAGUAAGCGCUUCUGCUGUUCUCACCGUGGCAGCUGGAGAUGGCAGGACCAGAAGGCUGUGAUGCUACUGGGCACUGCCUAGCAGUCUGCGGUGGGAUCUGGUUGCCUGUGCUCAGGUGUCCAGAGCCACUGCAGAAACCCUUGGGAAACUUGCCUGGCCACUGGCUGCUGGCCCAGAUGGGUGCAGGUGUCCCCCAGGAUCCUGCAGCAGAUCAGUCACUGGGUGUCUUGCAUACAUCAGGGCAUCUGAAGUAGCCCAGGAUGCCUCUUAUUUAUGCGGCUGAGCCACACCUGGACCUCUGCUGCCUGCAGUCAGAGCUCAGACACCCAGCAGACAUGAAGACACCUGCAUGUAGGUGUCUGACUCUGCACCUGAACCCCACCCCACGUUUCUGUGCAGCCUCCAAAGAGUUUUGUCCUGGAGGAGCAAUGAGACCCAGUAGGCUGAUGGAUAGCUCCUGAGCUGAGAGGUUCAGGCUCAAGACGGUAUCUCUGUGAGACAGUUUGUAUGAGCUGUUGGUACCACAAUCCACUUUGGUCAUGCACAUUCAUAGGAAAAAUAACUGGAGUCUGAUGGUGACACUUUUGUAGGUGUUAUGGCAACUUCAGAUUGGAUUUGGACACCCUACCUCCUGCAAGGAUGUGGUAGGUACUAGGAAAUUACUAGCAGUGACAGUUUCAGUGGGAAGCAAUUUCUGGUUUAUAUAUAAGGUGACCCCACAAUUCAGCACCGGAGCAAAUAAUUUACAUUGUAAACUACACAGGAACUGAAUUAUAUGGCAUAUGUUGAUAUUUUACCCCCAUGGAAUACAUUUCACAAAAUCAGUUAUACAUGAAUCUGCAGAACAGGCUCAGAAGCAGAGCAGGCAAUGAAAUUAUCCAACCAGCGUUUGACAGACAUUUAUCUUUGACUGGUCAAAGCUUGCUGUGUGUCUGAUCCCUGAGCCUGGUUGUCUGACACCUGAGCUUCUGCUCUCAAGGGGCAGGUUCCCAAAGCAAGCAAACAAAACCCUGCUAGCAAAUGGACAUAAACGCGGUCCCCAUGUAAGCUCAGGGUUAGGCAGUGUAGUGGUUGUAUGUAGGUACUUCCUUCCUUCUCCUUGUUUAAUUUAUUUACGGACCUCAAGAGAGCGAGGAUGCUCCUCCUAUGUUUAGUUGUAUUUCUUCUUUCCACCUCCCUCUCUCCCUUUAUCCUUUGCUGUUGUCAUUGGCUUUUUUGGUCAGAAUGUAUUUGUAGGAUAAUCCUUACAGGUUCUCAGCAAUCCUUGGGCUCUCUGCUUUCCUUGUCCCAGGAUGAAUCACAGACCCGUUGAGGUUGGGAGGGACAUCUCAUGAUCCUUCAGUCCAGACCCCUGCUCAAGCAGGGUCAGCUACAGCGGGUUGUCCAGGACUCUGUACAGUUGGGUUCUGGGUAUUUCCAGCAAUGGAGACUCCACAACCUCUGUGGGCAACCUGAGCCACCCAAGAUCCACAGCCUUCCUAAGGAGGUGAGGGACAAGUCAGUGACACCCUACCAGUGAUAUCUAACAAGGAGAGAAAGGAACUAUCAGAAAGUGAGGGGCAAGCCAGCAACAUGCCAUCAGUGAUAUCUAAUGAGGAGAGAAAGGAAUAUGAUCUGUAUAUGAGCAUGGAAAAAAGGGAAAAAAGAGAGGAAAAAAAGCAAAGCCUUUGUAGCGUCAGUGAGAAGCUCUGAUUUCCUUGCCCAUGGGCUGUUAUCCACCCUGUCGCUCCAGAGUGGCCAAGGCAAGAACUCCUGACUAAGAGCUCCCUCCAAGGGUGGGCAGCAAAG